AUGCCAAUGCGUGCGACUUUGCACAUUAACAGCGACUCAGCACAACGACAUCAUGUCACACUCUGUACAGCAUCGUUGUGCAGAGAAGCCACCGCGCGCAUUGGUGAUAUGUUACUACGCGCGGCUCUACAUAGUGGUGAUGAUGUCGUCAUUGCUAUCACUGCGCAGAUGAAGUGUUCAAGCCACGUGUUGCGCACCAAUGGAAAGCUCAAAGGUGCUUCGAUUUUGCUCUCCACCUAUCUCAAUUGCAAGCUACACACCGAUGGGAGCCUCAAAGGUGGAUCUCCAUAUCUGCCUUUGAUGAGGCUAACGUGGAGUUUGGAUCCUAAGAAUUGUGCAGAUUUCGGUGUUAUGGAUUGUUCUGCAGCUGCUCCUUUGGAAACUGAAAAAUCGAGUAAAUUUAUGAGAAAAUGGCAAAAAUCUGGCCCUUCCCAGGAGAAAAUUCAGAGAAUUGUUAGGCCUGACGCGAAGGAUGGUUCAUGUCAAGCCUGUGGGAGAGAUGAGAAUCUAUUGAGCUGUGAAACAUGUUCUUAUGCCUACCAUCCCAAGUGUAUAUUCCCUCUGCUGAAAGCUCCUUAUCCUAAUAACUGGAGAUGCCCUGAAUGUGUUAGUCCUCUUAAUGAAAUUGAAAAGAUACUUGAUUGUGAGAUGCGUCCUACAGUUGCCGAGGAUGGUGAUGCAUCCAAGUUGGGCUCCAAGCAAGUUUUUGUGAAACAAUAUCUAGUGAAGUGGAAGGGAUUGUCCUACCUUCACUGCACAUGGGUACCGGAGAAGGAAUUUGUUAAGGCAUACAAGGCAAAUCCGCGUUUAAAAACGAAAGUAAACAACUUUAACCGUCAAUUUUCCUCCAUAAAUAAUUCCGAGGAUGAACAUGUAGCAAUACGGCUGGAGUGGACCACUGUUGAUAGAAUUCUCGCUUGCAGGGUACUUGACAAGGGAGUGGAAGAGGAAAAAGAAUAUCUUGUGAAGUGGAAGGAGCUUCCAUACGAGGAAUGCUAUUGGGAGUUGGAGUCAGACAUUGCAUCCUUUGAGAGAGAGAUUGAAAGAUUUAACAAAAUUCGGUCUCGUGCUGAUAAAAUAUCUAUGGCAAAGCAGAAGAACUGUCUCCAUGAUGACACAGAGUCAAAGAAGAAACUGAAAGAGUUUCAACAUUAUGACCGCAGCCCUGAUUUCCUUUCUGGAGGUUCAUUGCAUCCAUAUCAGCUUGAAGGAUUGAAUUUCCUACGUUUUGCUUGGUCCAAGCAAACUCAUGUUAUACUUGCAGAUGAGAUGGGACUUGGCAAAACCAUUCAAAGUAUUGCCUUUUUGGCGUCCCUGUUUGAGGAAAGUAUCGCUCCUCAUCUUGUAGUUGCUCCACUUUCAACUUUGAGGAACUGGGAACGUGAAUUUUCCAUUUGGGCUCCUCAAAUGAAUGUUGUGAUGUAUGUUGGCUCUGCCCAAGCUCGUGGUGUGAUCAGGGAAUAUGAAUUCUACCAUCCUAAAAAUCAGAAAAAGAGUAAGAAGAAGAAAUCUAGUCAAGCUGUUAGCGAUAGCAAACAAGAUAGAAUAAAAUUUGAUGUCCUCCUGACAUCAUAUGAAAUGAUUAACAUGGAUUCAGCGUCACUGAAACCUAUCAAGUGGGAGUGCAUGAUAGUUGAUGAAGGCCACCGUCUUAAGAACAAGGAUUCGAAGUUGUUUUCUUCAUUGAAGCAGUACUCUUCCAGACACCGUGUACUCUUGACUGGAACUCCGCUUCAGAACAAUCUGGAUGAACUUUUCAUGCUUAUGCAUUUCCUUGAUGCUGGAAAGUUUGCAAGUUUAGAGGAGUUCCAGGAGGAGUUCAAGGAUAUCAAUCAAGAAGAGCAGAUUUCCAGACUUCAUAAAAUGUUGGCGCCUCAUCUUCUUAGAAGAUUGAAGAAAGAUGUCAUGAAAGAACUACCUCCUAAAAAGGAACUUAUUCUGCGGGUGGAAUUAAGUAGCAAACAGAAAGAAUAUUACAAAGCAAUUUUGACUCGUAACUAUCAGAUACUGACUCGCAAAGGUGGUGCCCAGAUUUCUCUUAUAAAUGUGGUUAUGGAACUGCGCAAGCUCUGUUGUCACCCCUUUAUGCUGGAAGGUGUUGAGCCUGAGGAUGCAAAUGAGUUUCACAAACAACUGUUGGAAUCCUCGGGAAAAUUGCAACUUUUGGAUAAGAUGAUGGUUAAACUUAAAGAGCAAGGCCACAGAGUUCUGAUAUAUUCUCAAUUUCAGCAUAUGUUGGACUUAUUAGAAGACUACUGUAACCAUAAGAAAUGGCAAUACGAAAGGAUUGAUGGAAAAGUUGGUGGAUCAGAAAGACAAAUUCGAAUAGAUAGGUUUAAUGCAAAGAAUUCAACCAGAUUCUGUUUUCUUCUGUCAACUAGAGCUGGGGGUUUGGGAAUAAACCUUGCAACUGCUGACACAGUAAUUAUAUAUGACAGUGAUUGGAAUCCCCAUGCUGAUUUACAGGCAAUGGCCAGAGCUCACCGACUUGGGCAGACAAAUAAGGUAAUGAUUUUCAGACUUGUAACACGAGGAACCAUUGAAGAAAGGAUGAUGCAGAUGACCAAGAAGAAAAUGGUUUUGGAACACCUCGUUGUUGGGAGGCUCAAGGCACAAAACAUUAAUCAGGAAGAACUGGAUGACAUCAUAAGGUAUGGCUCAAAGGAGUUAUUUGCUGAUGAUAAUGAUGAGUCGGGAAAAUCCAGACAAAUUCACUAUGAUGAUACUGCAAUUGAUAGAUUACUUGACCGAGAACAAGUUGGUGAGGAGGAGGCUACAUUGGAGGAUGAAGAGGAGGAUGGAUUUUUGAAGGCCUUCAAGGUAGCAAAUUUUGAGUAUGUUGAUGAAGCUGAAGUGGCAGCUGAAGAGGAAGAAUCCGUAGCACCAACAGAGAGUAAAGUCUCAACAAACAAUUCUGAGAGAGCAAGCUACUGGGAGGAAUUGUUACGAGACAAAUAUGAAGUGCAGAAAGUUGAAGAAUUUAAUGCUAUGGGCAAGGGAAAGAGGAGCCGUAAACAGAUGGUAUCUGUUGAAGAAGAUGACCUUGCUGGCAUGGAAGAUGCAAGUUCUGAUGCAGAAGAUGAUAACUAUGAAGCUGAGUUGACUGAUGGUGAGACAGCUUCAACUGGAGCUGCAGCUGUGAGAAAACCUUACAGAAAGAGAGUCCGUGUGGACACUUCUGAACCACUUCCUUUGAUGGAAGGCGAAGGGAGAUCCUUUAGAGUACUUGGAUUUAAUCAAAAUCAAAGGGCUACAUUUGUCCAAAUUUUGAUGAGGUUUGGUGUUGGGGAAUAUGACUGGGCAGAGUUUGUACCACGUCUAAAGCAGAAGAGUUACGAAGAGAUCAGAGAUUAUGGGAGGCUUUUCUUGUCACACAUAGCUGAAGACAUAACUGACUCACCAACGUUCUCAGAUGGUGUUCCCAAAGAGGGACUAAGAAUACCGGAUGUACUCGUUAGGAUAGCUGUCUUAAUGCUUAUUAGGGACAAAGUGAAGUCUUUGCAAGAGGGAGGUUCUGCUUUUUUUGCGGAUGACCUUGUAUCUCGUUUCCCUGGAUUGAAAAUUGGAAAACUUUGGAAGGAGGAGCAUGACAGGAUUCUUCUGCGAGCGGUAUUGAAACAUGGUUAUGGAAGAUGGCAAGCAAUUGUUGAUGACAAAGAAUUGAGAAUCCAAGAAGUGAUUUGUCAAGUACUGAACCUUCCCUUCAUAAACUUACCUGCCCCUGGGGAUUUUCAAGCCCAAAGUUCUGCCUCAGGAGCUCCACAAAUACAAUCUUCUUCAGCGACUCCUCAAACACAGGUGAAAGGAACCAGUAGUGAAAACGACCUGGGGGCAGAUGUUGCACAGGGACUAACAAAUUCUGCAGCCCAAACACAACCUGUCCAAGAUCAUUCUGUACUAUAUAGUUUCAGAGAGAUGCAGAGAAGACAAGUUGAGUUCAUUAAGAAACGAGUGCAACUUUUGGAGAAAUUACUUACUGCAGAAUACCAGAAAGAAUAUUUUGGUGACAGAAUGCCAAAUGAUGAGACUGGACACAAUGUUACUCAUGUAGCAAAUCCAAGUUUUGUGGAAUCAGAUGGCCAAAUGAUUGACCAUUUGCCUCAAGCUGAAAUGAUUUUUCCAGAGGAAGUGUCGAAGGCUGCUUGCGACAACAAAUCAGAUCGCUUGGGUAUGGUUCGGCUCUACAAUGAGAUGUGCAAGGUACUUUCAGAAAAUGCCCUAGAUUCAGUAGCAGCACUUACACCUGACAAACCUGAAUGCUUGAAUUUGAGGAGAAAUCUUGCUCCACUAGAAGCAUUGAAUCAAGAGAUAAACCAUUUACUUGUACCAGCGUCUAGAGAAGAUGAGAAGGCAAACGCUGAAAAACCAAGUUCCUCAUAUAUUCCCCGAGCAGAUGAUUUCGUGCUAGGAGUUGAGGCAGAUACUGGCAUGAAGUUGUCUGCUGUGGAUGUGGAUCUUCCAACACAAAGUAAUCCGACAGAAUCGGCUUGUGAUGUUCUUAAUGCAGCAUCAUCUACGGCUGAGAUUGAACGUCCUGUGGAUUUAUCUAGUGGAAUUGCAGAUAUAGAAAUGGAGGUGAAGGAGGAGGAUGCUAAUCUCAAGACCAAUGUUGGGAUUGAUGGAAGCACAGAGAAACUCAUCGUUUUGGAUGAUUAG